CCUACCCUGGAGACCUUGAAUUGAGAAGCGCGCAUUAGAGCGCAAACGACGUAAUCCCACGGAAUUUCUUCCUUGAAUUAAAUAGUUGCUUUUCGCAAAUUCAAAUAAGGAUAAAACAUAUCAAUUGGCUUGUUGGAUGUUUUCUUAGUUAUUUCAAGUAGAUAGAAACAGGUCUUGGCUGGGAAGGUGAAGGGAGAGGUGACAGAGGACUAUGCUGUCCAUGAAUUGUGUGGACUCCUGGCCUGAGGGCUCUGUGGUGUUGGAGGAGGAGGUUGUAACAGCUGCAGCACAGGCUGAGGAUCUAGAUAAGAGCUGUACUGCUUAUAACAACAGCUAUAACAGUUCUGAUAACUUGGAUGACAGCCUGACCAGUCUGCAGUGGUUGCAAGAGUUUUCCAUCCUCAGUGCCAGUGGAGGACAACAUGUGUCUCCUUCCAGCCAACACCAAAGCCAUUUUUUUGGGCAACAGCUAGGUGCUGAAGCCCCUGCAUCUCCUUUAGCAGGUGAUCCCGCAUCUAUAGGCAUGCCACUGACCCCAGGUAAGCCCACCGCAGCAGCUGUUUGCCGGGUACCCUCCCUGGCUGCUUUGCCCAGCUUGGUGGCACAUGGGCACUGCCCGGACGAGGUUGACUACAAGACCAACCCUCACAUCAAGCCACCAUACUCGUAUGCCACCCUCAUUUGCAUGGCUAUGCAGGCAAGCAAGAAAACCAAAAUCACUCUCUCCUGCAUCUAUAAAUGGAUCACUGACAACUUCUGCUACUUCCGCCAUGCUGACCCUACCUGGCAGAAUUCGAUCCGGCACAAUCUCUCACUCAACAAGUGCUUCAUAAAGGUUCCUAGGCAGAAGGAUGAACCAGGAAAGGGGGGCUUUUGGAAGAUCGACCCCCAGUAUGCUGAGCGCCUUCUCAGUGGGGCCUAUAAGAAGCGGAGGAUGCCACCGGUACAGAUAAACCCAGCUCUUCAAAACCGUCUCAGGAUGAGCUCACAGCCUGAUCUAUCUGUGCCAACAACUAUCACCGGAAGUCUCUCUGUUAGUCCAGAAUCCCAGCAGCUCCUGAAAGAAUUUGAGGAAGCCACUGGGAUUGACCAGAACUGGGAUCCUCGUCUGGCUGAGGCCACUAUGUUUGGUUGCUGGGGUUCAGGGAAGGGGCACAAGAGAAAACAGUCUAAUGGGCACCGGACUGGAGGUGGCAAAGCUCAGCGCCGCUCUAGCUCCCCACUGAUGCCCACAGAGGAUCCCAAAGAUCUGGGCUCCUUGAAGGGCAACUUUGAUUGGGAUGCUCUACUGGACUCGGCUCUCAAUGGGGAGCUUAGUCUGAACGAGGGCGGCCCACUGAGCCCAGUACCGCAAGAUGAAGACCUCAUGGUACAUGGUGUUCACAUCAGCCCUCUGGAGGCCCCUGUUGGUAUUGUGGAGAACAGCGUGCUAAUAGAAACACAAAGGAGCAGCGAUGUAGACUUUGAUGAGGAGACAUUCUUAGCAACUGAAUUUUUACAGAGUCCUUGGGCUGAGGAGGAAGCGGGGAACCAUACUGAUUUCCUCUGUAGUUCCACUGUUAACAUUGACCAGCUUUUUGAUCUGGGAGACUCACUGGGAGGUGACCUUAAUAGUAAGAUUGAAUGUCUUCUUUGAAGAAAUCAGUAACCACUGAGGUACAUCAUGACCAACCAGUCCUGGGAAAUGUUACAAGGAACAAAGAGGAUUAAUUUGUAUCCCAAAGACUUUGGUUCCAUCACUAAAAUAGCAUUUUAAAUUUGUGUCUGUUUCUUAUUUUGAUUUUUAUGAUUAUGCUUUUAUAUCUGGCAAAACCUGGUCAUCUACCUUUACUGACCAGAAAGCCACUGAUCAAAGACUGCCACGAGUAAACCUCCAAGAGUAGAUACUGACCAGCCCUGGAAUUACACAUGGAGCCAGUGCAUGUAGAAGCAGAGAAAUGAGAUUCACACAUUUGUGUUUGUUUACAGGCUAAAUGUGCGUGUUAACUAAUAGCAAAUUAAGCAAUACAUUUUUUUUUUUUUUUUUUUUUAACAUUUAAGACUGAGAAAG